AUGGAAUCAUAUGUAACACCAGUGGAUGGAAUCACCCACCUCUAUAAAGUUUCGAAAGGGAUAGUCCCGAAUAUGAACGUAGAUGGGUUCUUCUUUGCGAAUGAAUCACUAAAAGUGCUUUUGUUGGAUGAAUUAAAGCUUUAUAAUGCCAGGAAAACGGGAUUCUUACCCUCCAUAAUGCAAUUGGCAAAUGUUGCGGCUUUGCCCGGUAUUGUCAAAGGUAGUAUCGCUUUGCCUGAUGCACACUCUGGUUACGGAUUUUCCAUAGGAAAUGUUGCGGCAUUUGACAUGAGUAGGCCUGAAUCAGUGGUUUCUCCUGGAGGUGUGGGAUUUGAUAUCAAUUGUGGCGUAAGACUAUUGAGAACUAAUUUGAAUCUGAAGGAUUUGGAGGAUAAAAAAGAUAUGUUAGCCACCGCAUUAUUUAAUAAAAUACCCGUUGGUGUAGGUUCAAAAGGAACAAUAAAGUGCAGUGAUGGCGACUUAUUUGAUAUACUAACUAGGGGUAUGGAAUGGGCCGAAGAAAGCGGAUUCGCUUGGAGUGAAGAUAGGGAAAGAUGUGAGGAAAGGGGUAAAAUGUCUCAGGCAGAUGCAACCCUAGUGUCGGAUAGGGCCAAGAAGAGAGGAAUCCCUCAGCUGGGGACUCUAGGGGCAGGGAAUCAUUAUGUAGAAGUUCAGGUUGUAGAGGAAAUAUACGACAGUAGAGCUGCCCGUGCUAUGGGAUUGGAGGUUGAGGGACAAGUAUGUAUGAUGAUACACUCGGGCAGUCGCGGUUUGGGCCAUCAAGUAGCAAGUGAUGCCCUUAACAAUAUGGAAAAGAAUAUACCCACUAAUGAUCCCCAAUUGGCUUGUUCACAUAUCAAUAGUGAAAGUGGACAGAGGUAUUUGAAAUGUAUGGCAGCUGCGGCAAAUUACGCCUGGGUUAACCGCAGUGUUAUGACACAUCUUUCGCGUGUUGCAUUGAGUGAAGUAUUUGACAUGGACGCUGAUGAUCUUGACAUGCAUAUUAUAUAUGACGUUUCUCAUAAUGUGGCCAAAAUUGAGGAGCACAUGGUAGAUGGGAAGCCUAAAAAUUUACUCGUGCAUAGAAAAGGUGCAACUAGAGCAUAUCCCCCCAGGCAUAAGCAAAUACCACUGGAAUAUAUUGAUAUAGGUCAGCCAGUGCUGAUCGGCGGUACAAUGGGCACUUGUUCAUACGUCUUAACAGGUACCGAAAAGGCAAUGGAACUCACAUUUGGUACAACAUGUCAUGGUGCUGGUAGGGCGUCCAGUAGAAGCAGCGCUAGAAAGACCCUCAGUACGAAUAAAGUGAUAGAUGAUCUUAAGAGCAAGGGAAUUGCUAUUAGAGUGGCAUCACCAAGUCUUGUUAUGGAAGAGGCCCCUGAGGCCUAUAAAGAUGUAACGUCUGUCGUAGAUGUAAGUAUUUGUAUUCAGUUGUUUUCUGAUACAUGUCACGAAGCGGGAAUAUCAAAGAAAUGCAUCAAGCUCAAGCCAAUCGCAGUCAUCAAAGGUUGA